CAAGCCAGUCUGAGAACAGACAGAUGGUGGAUUUAAGAGCCUCUGCAUUUUAUUUUCAGAACGUAGCAAAUGCGAGCCCUAGGGCAAGAAUGAAAUAUGAUAACUGUUCUUUAAUUGCCUUGCUCGAUCUAAAACAAACUAAUCGCUGUCAUUAUAAUUGCCCACCAUCCUCCAUAUUAUACGCGACAAAACUCCUCCAUAUCAUAAUUGACAAAAGCCAUUAGGCAAUUGGUGAAUUUCUACACUUACAGUCGCAUUUGAAAAGAGAACUGUAUUGAGGAACUGUGGAUAAAAAAAAUCUAACACGAUGGAAUGUGUGCCUGGUGAAAAAAUACCCGACACAACCGACUAUGAUCCCCAUGUUGUUGAGAACUACACAGCUCUAUCCCUACCUGAACCUAUACCAACGUGGGAAAUAACAGUGAAAAUCAUUCUUUAUUCCGCUGCUUUCUUCUGUGACAUCAUCGGAAACAGCAUUGUCGUCCUGGUUAUCGUUCUGAACAAGAACAUGAGGUCCACUACCAACGUGCUGCUUAUGAACCUGGCCAUGAGCGAUAUUUUGGUGGGAUGUUGCUGCAUGUGGAUCCAUCUGGGAAACUCCAUCACAGAGGAAUGGCCAUUUAGUGAGAGCGCCUGCAAGGUUAACACAUUCAUGCAAGUUAUGGCCGUAACAUCGAGUGUCCUAACGCUUACUGCCAUCUCCGUAGAACGUUUCUUCGCGAUCGUGUUCCCUUUGAAACGCAAAAAAUCGCCCACCGUUAUUGCCGUUGUGGUCUCCAUUAAUUGGCUUCUAGCUAUAGGGAUAGCACUACCGCAGCUGGUCGUUAGAAGGAGGUUCGAGUACUAUUGGAAAAAUCGCCACGAGGUUUGGUGCACGGAAGAUUGGCCCAAGGUGUAUGACGAGUAUUGUCAAGCGGUCAUGCCUGCACGAAAAAUAUAUUACACCGUAGUUGUUGUAAUAAUGUACUUUAUACCGAUUUUUGUGAUGGUGUGUGCGUACUCUGUGAUUUGUGUGAAGAUGAUACAGCGAAAACGCCCGGGGACGAUAGUUCCUUCCUCACGACUGGCGCAGGACAGAGCAAGGAAAAAGGUGAUAAAAAUGUUGAUAGCGGUGCUGGUUGCGUUCAUCGUUUGCUGGACCCCACAACAAUCGCUUAUAUUGUGGGACAUGUACCGAUCACGUACCGCUGCCGUCAACCCGAUACCAGAUUACGUUCUUAAGAUAGAGUACGUGGCGAUCUACAUUGCCUAUUGUAACAGCGCACUCAACCCGAUCUUGUACGGAGGUUUUAAUGAAAACUUUAGGAAAGGCUUCAAUGACGCUUUCAAGUGUACGCUUUGGAAAAGAAGGAAUGUCGUUUCACCAGCCGCCGAAACAAAUCUACACCAAAGGCGGCUACAACAACAAAAACAGCAACAUCAUCAACAACAACUAGAACAACAGCAGGACUCGGCCAGCACCACCCAGGCUCAAACCUGCCGCAGUCCCGUCUUUACUUCAACCAUCUGACGAUUGUUUAUCAGAAACAUUCUUAAAUAUUUCAGCUAAGUGCUGUCUUGGACCUAUCAAUCAGUCAGUUAUUACACGCACGAAUGUUGUGUUCGGAAGGGUUUUAGUUUAUUCCUGGCAGAUUGCUGAUUAUUGCUAUUGAUGCUACCAUCUGGGUGGGCGCAGGUCAUAUCUCUUGACCAAUGUAUGUCUUGGGACAUUGUCUUGAUCUCCGGCACACUACUUACUAAUAUUCUUUAAAUAUUUUCAUGAACAUAUUCUUUAAUACUAUAGAAUACAAGAAAUGAUAGGCCACGAAAAUACCUUAGUAAUUUCUCAAUGUCAAUCUUCGCUCAUUAUUUAAAAAAACGGCAUGGAAUUAAUCAGAAUGAUACAUUUGUGGUUUUCAAAGCGAAGUAUGUUUUUUAUAUUUAUUUGAUCAACAUCUUUGCUGCUUAUUAUUCUAAAGGAAAGAAAUUCUAGCUCAAACAAAUGCACUUGAAUAAUACUUUUAAAGAAACAGAUUGUACUCAAUAGUUUUAAGCAUACAUUCAAAGGCCUAAUUCAGGUAUAUACAUGUAGUGGACCUGUCACGAGUCCCACAUCCACAUUUUAUUCAACGGGUUUAGGAAAUUUGUGGACCUUUUAGGCGAGCUUCCUAAUAUAUUUUCUGGACGAGUUCAUUAAAAUUACGCAUAAUUAGAUUGGAACUCUUUUUAUCAUAUGUCAUCCCCAAUCUCCUACGCAGUGAUCUCCCCUGACAAGCAGAGUACAUGUCUGCCAACAUGAGCGAGUAUAGAUGGAUUUAAGCUAUAUAAACUGUAUAACUGUUUUUAUUCCUUCUCUCUGUUUGGCCAGUUUUUAUCAAAUUUCAUUGAUUACGGUGCAUUGAGGUUAAAAUACAAAACCUAUUUAAUAUUUAUGAUAAUUUACAAUCAUUUCUGAUAUAAUAGAUGGUCACGUGAUUUGCAUAGUGGCAGUUAUUGCUGUACUGUAUCACAAAUUUACAAUGCAAUAUUAUUUCCCGCGCUAAGGUACGCGCAUUGCAGAAAUGUAAGACCCGGAAUGAUCAAAAGCAGGAUGUACAUUUGAUCAUUUUAUUUACGUUUUUUUAGUUGUAUGCAUACUGAGAUUAUCUCCAGUAAGACUCACAAGAUAAACACUAUGCCUUGAACGAAAUUUGCUUUAAACUGUGAAGUACUAACACACGUAGUUUGAUGACGUCAUCAUUUUGUGAUGUGCCCAUGACGUCAUUUUUUGUUUUAAUUUUCACUUCAGAGUAUUUACA